AUGUCCCCGAAGAAGAAAUCGGUCGUCGGGAAGGGUAUAGGCGACAAGGUGGAUAAGGACGGGGAUGCAAGGAAGAACGACGAUGUCUACAAGGACGAGGACGCGGACGUUGUUCUCGUCUCCAGUGACAACACUGUCUUCCGCGUUCAUGGCUUCUACCUCAUGGCUGCUAGCCCCGUCUUUCGCGAUAUGCUCGGGUCCAGCACCAGUGGGGCGAACGGAGAGGUCGAGUUCACCGACGAGAAGCUCGAAUGCGCAACAACCAUUCGAGCCCUACUCGACUACAUUUGCAAGCCCUUUGGAGACUUCGACUCCCUGCCGUGCGAUACGAGAUUCAGCCUCAUCCGCGUAGCUGAGAAGUAUGAUUGUUCCGUCCUACUGCAGGCCAUCACCCUGCACACGGAACACUCCGUCGGGUCCAAAACUCAUCUCUGGGAGCGUUUCUUCUACGCCUGCGCCCUCGACAACAUCGAGGUCGCUCACAGGCUGCUCCCUGCCGCCGCGGGCUUCACCUGGAGUUCCGGCCUCGCGGAGGAUAUAGCCUCCGUCAACCAGAACAUAACGGGCGCUAGUGUGCUCGAUAUCACGAGCAUGUCGAGCGCGUGGAUGGACUAUUUGCCCCGCAAGUAUCUCCUUGCGCUCAUACGUGCCUCGCGGCUGCGUGUCCCUUCAAACUUGGAAAGCUGGAGCGCAGUAGCGGACGAGUUCAAGAAACAGGUUAACCUGCAAAAUACCAAAUGA